AUGGCGUCCUGGAGCUACGCCAAGCGGAGGAAAGAGGAGCUGAAGACGCGGAUCCGGUACCACAGGCUGAAGCUGACACCUUGCUUCGAGAAGCAGCUGGAGAAGCGCAAGCACCACCUGGAGGAGAAGAGUGCAGCCUGGUCUCUGGUCUGUCCUGCAGUAUUUCUAAUCCAGAUUUGUUGA